UGGUUAGGGUAUAUAUUCAGGGCCUGCUCAGUUCAUUUCAAUCUUCCAAAGAUGGCUUUCACCAGCAUUGUUGUUAUUGCUGUCGCUAUUGGUGCGGUUUGCGGUGGCACACUGCAUCUAAGCCGGUCAAUGGGCCCAUCUAGCGGAUCCAGGAUCAUCAAUGGAGAACAAGCGAGCCCCGGGGAGUUUCCCCACCAGGUCACCCUUCUCAGGGACGGCUACCACACUUGCGGCGGCUCCAUCAUAGCCAACGGCUGGGCAAUCACUGCCUCCCACUGCGUCGACGGACAAAUGGCAAGCUCAUUGGCUGUAGUGGUCGACCUCCACAGCUUCUCCAAUCCUGGUAACUACCUCUUGUUUGAUGUCGCCGAGGUCAUAAUGCACAACAAAUACAACACUGGUCCAGGAGGCUUUCCGAACGAUGUUGCGCUCUUGCGUCUUAACACAGUAACUCAAACUGCUGACAUCACGAAGAACAUUAUUGAAAUUGCCCCUACUGGUGCCGAUUAUUCGGGGCAAACGUGCACUAUUUCCGGAUGGGGAGUCGACGAGAGCGGAAGUGGAAGUUCUGUGUUAUUGAAGGCGGAUGUAACGGCUCUCACAAAGACUCAGUGUCAAGACUACUGGGGCACCACAAACAUCCUCGACCAGCACCUGUGUGUAAAGGGCUACGAAACCGCAAACGGGAGUGGCUCAUGCAAUGGUGACAGUGGUGGACCGCUGGUUUGUCAGGGAAAGCUCGCAGGUGUGACGUCAUGGGGCCGCAGUGGUUGCCAUGUCGGCGGUGUUGUGACACACCCGAGCGUCUAUGCCAAAACGGCUUACUUCCGUAGCUGGGUGAAUACCAACUGUGGAGGUUGCAUCGCCUAAGCAGCUCUGAAAUUGCCGUCAUAUAAUUUCGAAUAACGACUUUGAUUGAGAAAAUAAAUUUUCUUUGCACCUGA